GCAUGCAACGCAACCAGGGGCAAGUCAGUAGGAUCGUGCAUGGCCAUGGAUUUGAAGUAUGUGCAUUCCUUGAAUAUUUUUUAGAAUUGAUCAUGCUUUUGUUAUGUUUGGCAUGUGUCGAAGCAUCAGAAACAAUGUCCUCAACUCUACAGGGUGAUAAAAACCUGCAAACCUUUGAAGUACAGAACUAAUUAUCCCAAGCAUGCGUAAAUAUAAUAGUUGACCCAUUCGCAGCAGUGGCGUAGGGCUCAUUGGGUAGGGCUAGUUAUAAAAGGAAGGUCCCCGACAGUUAGAGGCCCCAUCACCCACGGCCUAUCGGCCAGAAAAUUAGAAAAUGUAAAAAAUGCAGGUUAAGAAUCAAUGGGGAAAUGCAAAAAUUAAUAUAAAUGCUAAAUAAUAAAGCCUCCAUCGACAACGGUAGCUGAUUUUUUAAUUCCAUCUCAAAUAAAACAAAUGUUAUUCUUAUUAGUUGUUACAUGUGUUGGAAACUGUUAUUGUUAUAGACAUGGAAUUUUCCAGAACAUUUUAUAAAUAUUCAAUAUAAAUAUAAUAUCUCAGUCAAACAAUGACAACAGGGGCGCCCACACCAAAUAUGCCUAAGCGCCCCCUGUUCCUCCAUUACGCCACUGAUUCGCAGUCGAACUGAUAAUUAGUUUUCUUCAUUACCAAUAGUUUUGUGUUAUUCUAACUUCUAUCAACGCGGUUAAUAAGAAUUAUUUUCAAAUUCCAGGAGCAAAAUAAGUAGCACAGACAUUGAAAUGUUAGUAAGCAGCAUUAUCUCAUAGCUAUAGCGUAUUAGCGGCUUUCCUUUUGGCUACGAAGAGGUGCGUUCAAUCUCGAACCCACCUGCUGACGUAUGUUUAGGACGUGGGUUCGAGAUCGAUGUUUUUGCUGGCGGCCAUUUUAAUAUGGCGCGAUUUCAACAAAUUUCUGACGAAGAUUUGAGAACAAGACAAGAGAGCCUUAAAAACAACAAUACAACAAAAAAUGAAAAAAAAAGCAGAAGGCAUAUUCAGGGAAUAUUUAAUUCAAAUUGGAGAGGAAGACAACUUCUACGAAUUCAGCGAAGAAAAACUCGACAAGCACCUUGCAAAAUUCUGGUUCGCUGCGAGGACUAAAGAUGGACACAAAUAUAACGUAGAAAGUCUUCAAACAAUUCGCUACAGUCUAAACAGAGCGCUGAAAAGUUUGGGACAUAAAUUUAACAUUACAAAGAGAGAAUGUACCGCUUUCACCUCGAGUAUUAAAGCGUACGAAGACGCAUUAACCAAAGAGCUGAAGUAAAAAGGAAAAGGUUUCACGAAGAACCAUAAAGCUAUUAACACAGCAGGUAAAAAUAAGUUAUUGUAACCCGUCAUAGUGUCCGUCAUACUAAAUUAAUUUAAUACCACAUUUUGUUGUUUUCAGACUUGUUUGAUAUAUACCAUAGUCGAUACUUAGAUCCAGACAUUGGACCAAGACACCUACAAAAGAAAGUCCAGUUUGACAUCAGGUACUAUUUUUCCCGUCGUGGAGCAGAAAAUAUGCAUAAAAUGACGAAAACAACCUUUUCAGUCAAACGAUGAAGUAUGUGAUAAGAGCUAAAGAUGAAGUAACAAAGAAUCAUAAAGCGAAUGAAAAUGAUAUUGUCACUGGUUACAUGCCCUUCAUGGUUGAUAAGAAAUAUUGCCCUGUACGAAGCUUCAUUAUGUAUACAGAAGCCCUUCAUCCUACUUCUGAAAAACUCUGGCAAACUCCUAAGUUCAACUUAUUUCCUACUGAUGGCCAAAAGGUUUGGUAUGGUCCCGGCAAUGUUGGGCACAAUUCUCUUGAUAGCUUCAUGUCAAAAUUAGCCAAAAGUUGUGGAUUCGCACAAAAAGGUUACACCAACCAUAGCCUAAGAGAUUUUGGGAUAACAACAUGUAGCGUAACAACUACAACGACAAGCAAAUAAUGUCCAUAACUGGCCAUCGAAGUAGCGCAAGUUUGACUAUCUACCAAAAAGUGGCUUCAGAUAAAAAACUCCGAAUGGGAUGCACACUUGGUUAUGUCCUCACUGGUGAUUCAAGCUGUCUAACCAAACAAGAUGAAAUUUCCCGUAAGCCAAUUUGAGAAUCAAACAACCUCAGAAAAUUCAGAUUUGGUACAAAUGUCAUCCCAAACCACAUCCAGAAACAACAACCACCAAUUCUUGAGCAGACAAGUGAUGAAAAAAAACCUUCCCAUCGAUCCCAAUCUUUUCUAAUUGUAAAAUUGAGGGUGGCAUUACAAUAAACAUUUGCAAAAGCUAAAAAAUAUUCUUUAAAAUUGUUGAACACUUGUUGAAUUGAUGACAUUUUUAAACUUGAUGUUAUUAUUGUAUAUCUUGUUGUUACAACAAUUUGAAUUUAAGUAUUUGGUGCAUGCCUUUUUGUUCCCUGGAUUCCAGAGCCUUCGACAGUAAAUAAUAAAUUGAACUUAGUACAGAUUCUGUACUAAAACCACUAAUUCUGUUUUGUGAUUGGCACGGUUUAAUCAAAGAAUCUCCCCGUUGAACCAGAGCCUUCGCGACGUUUCAAUUUAUUAUUUACUGUCGAAGGCUCUGGAAUCCAGGGUAGCCUUUUUGUGACUAUUGAAACAACUUUAUUCAAAGAACUUAUAAAUUUAAUCAAAUAUUUAUUAUAAUUGUUGCAGAUUAUAAAACUGUAAUUGCAUGUUUUUAAUAUUGAAAUGAAUUUAAUAAUUAAAAUAUAAAUUGUUAUAUAUUUCUUAAUUUGUUUGAUGAAAAUGGAAUAUUGUGUAUUCAAUGUGGAGGAGAAUAAAGAUGGCCGCCGAAAUUUUUCGGCACCGGCAGGUUUGUAUAAAUCUUGGCAAUGUCUUCGCAGAAUGUAUUCAUUAUCUCUUUUUAGAAAUAAGGGAAUGUUGUAGGGAAUUUUUUUCACUUCAAUUUAAGCCUAAGUUUGUUUGUUUGCGUAGUAUGUUAGCGGCUAAAAUGUUCGUUAUCCAAACAAGAAAUUAUAUACUAAAAUGCGUCAAUUUGGUACUUUUUACCGAAAUGGCAUGUGAUAAAAACCAAACAUACUUGCAGGUAAGGUGAGUCCGGGAUUGGACGCACCGAGGGUGGCUGGAAGUUUCCCGUUAUAAAAUUAUGCAAAUUAUAGUGUUUGCAGGUUUUUUGAUACACCCUGUAGUUUUCGAAGUAACGUGGCUUUAAUUUGACGUCCUUGUAUACAAGUUUUGCUCCAUGACCAUGUUGUUCGGUAUUCAGUUCUUGAACGACAUCGCUUCAGUAAAAUCAAAAGGAAGGCAAUUGCGAAUAAGUAUAUUCAAGCGAAGUAAAAUAUCAGCUAAGCACUUUACUUUACUCUUUCUUUAGCCUGGUUCAAUAUGCCUGCGGUAUGCCUGCAUGUUAUAUCAUCGUUCACAGCUUUUCAUAGCAGCUGUUGAUGGCAGUAUGCAUACAUUCUUUUGUGAAAUACUCAAUAGCCUGUCCUCGAGCCACUGAUCUGAAAUAAAAGACUGGAUAAUGCAUCUAUAGUAUACAAAAGUGAAGCCGGAAGUCACCGGCCCAGAGGCGUAGCCAGGGCUGGGGCCGGGGGGCCCGGCCCCCCUGGCAAAAUUUGGGGCCCCCCUGGCAAAAUUUUGGGGGGCCCUGAUAAAAUGUAUUGUAUAAAAAAGGAAAUCCUUGAUUAUAUAGCUUCAUGCUGUCAAUAAUGCAAAAAUUCUGUAGAAUAUAUGCUUUGCUGGGCACCGGUGUAAAACCUAAAAUCACUUGUUCGCUUAUUUGUGGCACACAGCUUGAAACACAUACCUUUUCUAACCAUAAUUAUUUCAAUAUGCAUUAAAUAAGGGUUAGGUGAAGUUUAAACCAAUCUGUUUUUUUUUUACAAGUGAAUUUUUAAUGCGGGCUCCGCAGUGCGCCGUGGCCGGAGGGGAGUGGGGGGGGGGGGGGGGGAGACCCGUCGGGAAAUUAAAACCCGUCGGAAAAUUGUCAAUAUAGAGUUUGAGCAAGACAACGAAGUACGAAGACGAAGGCGUUCUUGCCAAUUUUUGCCGUCUGCACAUUAUCUUGCGCAUACUGAGUUGGACGUCACUGGUGGUUGCUCAACGUGUCUUCCCAUGUGUCGCUGUUUAUAAAUACUGACCCUAAUUCUUGCCCUGACCCAGAAAAAAACAGCGAGACAUGAAACUAUAUCCCGUCUUUGUCCUUUUGCCUUCGUUCGGAACGAAGUUCACAGCGAAUUUUGCCAAAAUUUUUGCGAAUUUUUUGUUGUGAACGAAGGCAGAAGAACGAAGACGAGAUAUGGAUUCAUGUCUCGCUGUUUUGUCUUGAGCAGGGUAAGGACUUGGGUCAGCAUUCAUAAACAGCUAGACAUAAAUCUCUAAUCUGUUUUCACGCCUGACCCUAAACUCAGAAUGCGUAAGAUAAUGUGCAAGACAGUCAACCACGGUCCACAUCGUCGUCGUCCGACUUCGUUCUCUUGCUCAAACUCUCUAAUGUUAGUCGGAAUCUUCGUGGUGAGAGGGUCCUGAAGGGGGGGUGGGGGGGGGGGUCCCAAUCCCAUUUCCCACCUGAAAUUUUGGCAAAAUCCCAGUUCCAGUUGGAUUUUUAUUAGAAAUCCCAGUCCGAGUUAUUGAAAUCCCAGUCAAUAAAAAACCCUUUAUUUAUCGGUCCGAUAAACAGUUUGAAGACUUUUAAGCCAUCGUGUGGGCAAGUGGGCACACUUUAUGAAAUUUGGGGGAGGGGUUGUGCCGAAGGCACGGAAAUUUUUAAAUUUAAAUCCCGGAAAUGGCAUUUGCAGCAUUCUGAGACACGCAUAAUCAGAAAACCCAGAAUUCCGGGCGCCAGAGUAUACCUGUUCGCAGGUAGUGCUGUCAGUAAUAUAGUUAACAACAAAAAUCAUGACCAAAGACACCAAAAAUGGAUCAAAAUUGUAUUUAAAAUACUUAAAACGUAGAAAAAUUGGGAAUCGACUCGCAUUACCUCAAUCCCAUUCCCAUUUUUGAGGACUUCAUUUCCCAUUCCCAGUGGCCAAAUCCCAGUCCCAGCAACCCAAAUCCCAUUUUCCCAGUCAAAAAUAGAUCAAUCCCAGUUCCCAUUUUACCCCUUCAAGACCCUCUGGUGAAGCAUCGGAAAAAGUGAUAUGGAAAUCGGGAAAAGUGCUACGAAAGCAAUUCUGCAAUUCUAAUGUUAUUGUCCAGAAAAAUUUUUUACUGAAAAAGAUGUCGACGGGAGGGGGGGGGGAGGGAGAUUUAAAAUGUUCUGUAGUCCGCAAAAAAUUUUUCUUGCGCGAACUUUGCGUCUCGAGUCACUGGCGGCUUGGCCCCACCUGAGUUUUUGCCGGCCCCCCCUGACCGAAAAUCCUGGCUACGCCUCUGCACCGGCCGCCACCCAAUUCUGGAGGCCCCACUUUUGUAUAGAUUUGUAUUACAGAUGGUAGUUUUUCGCGUUUUUUGGCUUGGCUACGAUUCUGAUCGGGCCAGUUUUACGAUCACAAAGAUAGAAGCAUACAAGAAGAAUGUUGAGCAAACAAUUUGGAGUAUUAUGGCUUCAUAACGCCGCGAAACGGGAUUUACAACUUUGAAGGAGUGGAGAGCCUCAGACUUUGUUUAUCAACACGAGCUCGCUUUGCUACUUUCAUACAAAAUCAACUCAACACAUACAAGAAUUACUGUUACUGGACGAAAAUUCUCAGGAAAUUUGAAGAAAUGAAGCAGCUACAUUGUGAACAAAAACUGAGGUUAGUUUUAAAACACCUUGAGGCUACUUUUAUAAUUCUAUGAAUUAAGGAACAAUUUUAAAUGCCAGUUUUGACUUGUCGAGAAGUGUUAUAUGUUUUAACUAAGUAGGAAGACAAGUGACAAUCAAAUAUUUUUUAAUCCAAGUUAACAAUGACUCAAUACAAUGUUAUUGAUGGGUUGUUAUUGAUGGGUUAAGAGAACAGGUUUGUUUAAUUUCUUUCUUAUAUAUAAUAAUUCCACAUGCAUGCGUCAUAUAUAAUUACCUAUGUAACUUCUUUGUGCUUUACUGUAUUCUGUAAUAAAAUAACAUCUCACAAUACAUUUGACCAGGCUGUGAAUGUAUUAAGGUGAACCACAUUCGCAACCUGGUCAAAUGUAUUGUGAGAUGUCUAUAUUGUAAAGUCAGGCUAUAUCAUCUUGGCAAGGAAGCUACACAAGAUGCCUGUGGAAACAUUUAUAUAAGGGAGAAAUUAAACAAACUUGUUCUCUUUUACCAUCGAUAAUACUAAUAAUAAUAACACAUCGUAUUGAAUCAUUGUUAACUUGGAUUAAAAAUAUUUGAUUGUCACUUGUGAAGCUACUUUAAAACAUAUAAAAGUUAAAACUUCUCGACAAGUCAAAAUUGGCAUUUAAAAUUGUUCCUUAAUUCAUAUAAUUAUAAAAGUAGCUUCAAGGUGUUUUAAAACUAACCUCAGUACGCUUUUGUUCACAAUGUAGCUGAUUCAUUUCUUCAAAUUUCCUGAGAAUAUUGGUCCAGUAAUUCUUGUAUAUUUUGAGUUGAUUUUGUAUGAAAGUAGCAAAACGAGCUCGUGUUGAUAAACAAAGUUUGAGGCUCUCCACUCCUUCAAAGUUGUAAUCCCGUUUCGCGGCGUUAUAAAGCCAUAAUACUCCAAAUUUUUGGCUCAAAAUUCUUCUUGUAUGCUUCUAUAUUUGUGACUGUAAAACUGGUCCGAUCAGAAAUGUAGCCAAGGCAAAAAACGCGAAAAACUAGCAUCUGUAAUACAAAUCUAUACAAAAGUGGGGCCCCAGAAUCAGGUGGCGACCGGUGACUUCCGGCUUCACUUUUGUAUACUAUAGAUGCGUUAUCCAGUUUUAUUCUAGAUCAGUGCCUCGAGCCCGUCGACACAUCGCAGGUGUAAGUGGUAUAUGUGAACCAGAAUUUUAUGUUUAUUUGCCAUUUAAAAGUCCGUGCUUUAUCAGAUAGAACACUGAGGGGGGGGGGGGCAAUUGCCCCCCAGGGAAAGAAUCCCCCCCCCCAGUAAAGCCAUUUCUGCCCCCGAAGUGCGAAGCGCAAUUGCUCAUGAUUGCUGUCAGAGUUGCAUGCAGUUGAUUUACUUGAUAAUGAGAUUAUAUGCCCUUCCAGUUCAUAUUGUUCUUCACCGAGUAUUUCAUAAUAGCGAUAGAUUUCAUGCAAACAAUCCGAUAAAAUGCUAGCCUUUCCAAGCCUUGCGACUAUUUCCUAGCUCUCUCCUCCGCAGAGGCGUUGUGUUUUGUUUUGGGAGGUUUUAUUGCAAAAUUUUUUUCUUAAAAAUAUCAAGUUAUAUUAAGAGCCCCCCCCCCCAAUCGCCACAAAAACCAUUCUCUCAGAAAGGCUAAAUCCGUAGAGAAAUUGGGGGGGUUACAUGCUUGAAGCUGAAACUGAUUAAGUACGUCUCGACUGAGGAAAAAGACGAUAUACUGGAGGAACUUGAUUGUGAAAUCUCGUUAAAGCAGUUGUAGAUAUGGUUCCAAGACGAAUAGAUUUAGUUUAGCUGUUAACUACAUGUAUGCAUCAUCAUAGCAUGAAUAUUUUUUCUCAGACUUAUUCUGUAUCGUAUGAAAAAGCAACACAAUUUUUAGAAUGCGGAAAUGGUGUCUCAUAGAACCUAUAUAAAAUGAUUUAAAUGCAACAUUUCUGAUCAAAAUCACAUUGGGAUCCCCCCCCUCCCCUUAUUGCUUCAUCUGAAAGAGCAUGAAAAAAUAAGCCGAUUGGCCGUUUAAUUCUCUAUUCUUUCUCAUCUAGUUCCGAAGUUAUACGCAAAAAUGUGAACAUAUAAAUUGCUGAUUCAGCACAACGUGUGACGUCAUUAGCUGGGUAAGUAUGUUUAUUGAAUACUACACUAAAGCAUAGCUCAGUUAUUAUGGGCCCAAAUCAAAUGAAAUUUUGCAUACUGAUUGUACAUGAUGAGACGCAUGGAAAAACACUUCUAAUUUUGUUGCCAAGGCAACAAUGUCGUUUCCAGGCCCCUUGCGCCAAUUUUAUGAAACAGCUUUAUUCAAGGUACUGAUAAAAAUAAAAUAAUAUCAGAAGUAUGUGUAUGAUACCUAUGCAUGCCAAAAGUUUACUUGCAUGAUAAUAAUUCGAAAAUGACAUACACAUAGACAAAUGCAACUAGUUAUUCAAAAUCAGUGUAAGAAGCCUGGGAACGACUGUGUUGCCUUGACAACGAAAUUAGAAGUAUUUUUCCCAUGCAUCUCAUCAUGUACUAUCUGUAUGCAAAAUUUCAUUUGAUUUGAGCCAAUAAUAACUCAGCUAUGCUUUAGUUUACUAUUCAAUAAACAUACUUACCCAGCUUAUGACGUCACAGAAUGUGCUGAAUCAGCAAUUUAUAAUUUGCACAUUUUUGCGUAUAACUUCGGAACCAGAUGAGAUAGAAUAGAGCAGUAAACGGCCAAUCGGCUUAUUUUUUCAUGCUCUUUCAGAUGAAGCAAUAAAAUCAAUAACAUUUUUUGUUUUAAAAUAUUCGGCUUUAGUUUUCUUAAAGGUAGGUUACAGUCCCUUCUGCGCAUGUCUGUGAUUGUUUUUGCCUGGGGACUCCACCGGAAGUUGGGCAUCUCCGUUUAUACUCGGUCCAGUCUCAUUUCUGGCAAUAACACGCGCGUUGUUUUUUUCGCAAGCGAAGGAGUGAAGCUAGAAGUUUCCAAAAUAUAUUGAGCUUUUUUGAGCGACAAUCCUUCAAAUAACGAGUUUUUGAGGCAACAUGACGAGUAGGAAAGAAUACCACGCUAGCAGGGAUGCUUACAAUGUGUAUCAAAGUGUAUUUAUUUUAUUGUGUUCCUCGAUGGAGAGCGUCCCAUUUCUGUUUUCGUUUCCCCAUGAACCUACAUCCUCUGAUCCUCAAGCUUCUACUAAAGGUUUUCAAGAAAAGAAUCCAAGAAGGUUGGACAUUUCACCCAACAUAGCUGCUAUUCACUCCCAUCACUGGCCUUCACUGUGGACACUUCAGUGAAAUCGCUUGUUGAAGCCCAUCAAUCGAGGUUUUAAUGACUAUAAAAUUCUCUUUAUUUGCUAUUUUAAAUUUUAAUUAUACACUAUAGUUAUACAUACGAACUGUUCUAUCUCUUUUAUUUACAAACUGAAACCCAUAUAAUUAAGGCCUAAAGAUAUGAUACUCUUGAGUAGGAGUUGUCAAUGAAAAAGUGUUAAUGAGCAAUUUUGAGUCAACAUGUUUUGGAUGGCUGUUUAUAUAGUGUUUAUUGUCAGAAUGAUAAAUGAUAUAAAUUAAUAUACUUGACCGUGCUUUACUGUCUUUGACUGUCUUCUCAUGGACAAAUUGUGCUCACUUAAUAGAAACACAUAAAAAGUUUCUCUGAUCAAAGUAUAUUUUAAUCAAAGCAGCUUACAGCCCUCGAAAACGAGGUCGGCAUUCGGCAAUGCCGACCUAAAUGCCAACCUAUCAACCUCCCAGGCCGGCAAAUUUUUGCUGACGUUAAUUCAGCAAAAGUAAGAAUUUUUUUGUGCUGAUAGCUGUUAAAAAGUCAGCGAUUAUAAAAUUUGAUUCGUAGUUCGAUAACUAAACGCACUUUGGUGUAAGUUUUAAAAAUUGACUUUUAAAAAUUAAAUUAAAUUAGCUCAGGUAACCGGGCUGGCUCGCCUCCAUAUAAACACCGCCUAAGACAUUUAGUUUAUAAAACAUUUUGAUCACAGAAACUUAUAUGAUGUAAACAAACUCAAUUAAUAAUUACUAGUAUAUUUUUUCACCCUAAUUGUGACUAAAAGCUUGCAUAAAGAACUUACAAUUUAAGAACCUGUCAGGCUAAAAAUUUUUAUUUAGACACCCUAAAUAAGAAUUUGUUUAGGCUAGCAAUUCAGGUUUUUAUUUUAUCACAUGAAGACAAAUCAAAUCGAAAAAUGUAUAUAAAUCAAAGAAAAUAAACUCUUCACAAAGUCAAAGUAAUGAAAAUGAUCCAGAACACUGAAAAUGUCAUUGAGAUAAAUAAAGUGUUUGCAGCUUUACAGUAUAGCUUUACCGCGGCAUAGCUAUUCGUUAGAUAAUUUGUGCGCAAUUUAUAUAUUUGUAUAUACAUGUAAAUUAUACCUCGAAUACCAAAAAUGAGUCCUUUUCUUUAAGAAUUUAACCUAAUUUCCAAGCUCUAAUGAUCAUGCAUUCACUACAUGUAUUGUCCAAGGUGGGAUCUGGGGGUUUGAAAUCCGAGCUUUCUUUCUCCUAGAUGGAUUACCUCCUACACAAAGCAAUCUGAAACACAAGCCACUUCAUAUUGUACUAUCCCAUAUAUAGGUAUAUAUUGUCAGAACAAGCUGCCAUGCCCAUGGCCUGUUUUGUGACAUGAAAUCAGACAACACAGUAAAACCCUAGACUAGACAGUAAAACCCUAAGAACCUAGAUUUUUUCCAAGUUAGCCUAAACAGGUUCUUAUGUGAAUGGUGCUUACCUGAAUUUAUGUCACAAACUGUAAUUAUAUUUAGUAUAUUCAGUACUUUCAGGAGGGAAGCACAAGCACUUGAGUCAUAUUCAUGCCUAUCCCCUUGGAUAUAUGUGUUUUAAUAAUAAUUGUUUAUAAAUUAUUUGUAUUAUCAUAUAACCCAAUAAAUCUGUUAAGAAAAAGAAAGACUGAUUCGUUGAUGUAAAUAAAAAUUUCAUCAGUGUUUCCUGAGCAUUCUGAUGAGCUCUGAUAUACAGCGAAACAAGCAUAUAUUUAGCAAUUGUCCUCUGUCUUGAAGAGACAUGAUGAACUAACGUGAUCACUAGAUUGACAAGAAUUGUUCAAGUUAAUAUUGCUAUUAGAUCAUUCAGUGUCGCAAGAAUAUCAUCAUUUAGUGUCAAUAUGAGAGUAAUAUCAAUGAAUUCAUACUUCCAGUUCAUAAUUUCAAAACAUACAUAUUUAUAACACAACUAAAAACUUGAAUAUAAUCUUAGCGUCUCGUACUCUCGUCACUGUCAAUCUAUUGAACUCUGUUGUUUAUAACGAAAUCAUCUCCAUAGCGCGCACGAGCUUGAACAAAUAAAGCUGUAUAUCCAUCUUUUGCACGGUCAAAAAUUUCGCCCUUGGCUUUGCCACGAAGACAGGAACUGCAACCACAUUCUCAAUCACACUUGUUUCGAAUUUCGUCAAGCGAAAAGCUUUACCCAAGGCCAAGCGCUUCUGUCAUAAUGACAACAACAACACUGGCAACAUGUUUCGAGGGAUUGAUACCGCAUUAAAUAUUUUUAUGAUGAGACACUCCAAAGGUAAACACAAAUUAUUCGAACUCACACCUUCGGGAUUUCGGUUCGCCGCCCCAGCUGUUGAUAUAGCAAGUUCCACAACGUUCAAAGCGGCCUCUUUAUAACUUCAUUCACGAUGUUUACAGUUAAACAGUUACAUAUUACAUACAUAAACAGUUAUAUUGUGUACAAAAAUUUCCAGUGUAGAAAUGUACAAGAAAUGAAGCGAAGUAUUGUCAAACAUUGCACUUCUCGGUCACAAAUUAUGUGGAAUGUUACUUUGAACUCGUCAUAUACUUCAUCUUAUAUAAUUAAUGUGGAUCAAAACAAAAAACGUAAACAAAGCCCGCGCAUGCGCAGGAGGAACUGUAACCUACCUUUAAUCAAUUUAUUUAGCUCAUUGCGCUGUUUUUUAUAAGCGUCAUAAUAAUGUUUAAAUUUUGUUUGAACAACCGUUUUCUUAAGAUAGUCCCUAUGGCGCAUUGUUUGUCUUAUACGUUUUGUAACCCAGGGAGAGUUUACACUUCUUACUUUCCUAGUUUCUUGUUGUGCGUGUGUAUCUGCGACUAGUGAAAAUCUAUAUCUUCCAUUCUGACCACAUGUCGUUAGGAUCUUGGAUAAUAGAUAUUAAAUUUACUAAGCAUGCUGCCAAAUCCGAUCUAAAAGCACUAACAUUGUAGUGUAUUAUAGUGGCUUUUUCUAAUUAAUUUUGGUUCAGGUCGUGGUAUGGAAAUUUUUCUUUGUAUUAAUAUUAAGCUAUGAUCACUUAUUCCGAUAUGGAUUACGCCAGAAUGAAUUAUUAGUUCCGUUUUAUUUGUAAAAGCCAAUCGAUUUUUGUUUCUGAAUUGAUAGUUACUCGCGUGGUUUGAUCUAUCAUUUGUUCGAAUUGAUACGUUUGAGUAAUUUCGUGCAAUUUAUUAGUUUGCGGUUUGACUUUAUUCGACUUAACGCCUGUCCAAUCGCAGUUGAAGUCUCCAAUCAAGAUUGUUUCUUUGUUUUCGUAGUCAAGUUUCUCGAUUAAUUUUUCAUAAGUAUUUAAUAAUUCGACUGUUGAAUCUGGAGGUCUGUAUACACAAUUAAUAAUAAAUGGUUUUGAUUUUGGCUUAGAGAUCUCAACCGUGAUUGUUUCUAAGCCUUCUGUGUCAAACUCAGCCCUUAUCAUGUAAUUGAUUCUACUUCGAACAUAAAUAGCUACCCCACCACCAUUACGAUUUCUAUCUUUUCUCACAAUGUCAUAGCCUUCAAUAUUAACUUCAUGAUCAUUAAUUGUUUCGUCCAGUAAUGUUUCAUUAAGACAAAUUAUGUCGAAUUAUUUUUCUUUAAGAAAGUUCGAUCAUAUAACACCUGUUUUGUAAGUAAAUAGUACCAGUAAAUAGUACUUUGAAUAUUAUGGACGCUGUAAUAAUUUCUAAAUGUCUAAAAGACUUAGCCCCAACAUACUUAUCAGAAAAGUUUAAACAACGAUUAUAGUUACAUAACUGUAACACUAGAAGUAAUAUUUCAAAUCCGAUUAUGAGGACAGGACUAGAUUUCAAGUCCGCACAAUUUGAUAAAUCACUACUUAAUUAAUUUUGAUCCAGUCCUAGGACUGGAUCAAUGUACUUCAUCAGGUAUCCAGUAUUAUCAUGUGAGCAAGAUAAAGCAAUAUGGUUGGCUAAUUUACUCAUGAAUUAUUAAUGAGUUUGACAUGUAAAGAUACGUUACAAACUCCGUUUUAUCAUAAUGCCUCUGGCCAACGUAGAUUUAUAUACAGAGCCGUAAAAAUUUGGAACGAUCUACAUGACACCAUAAAGUGUAUUGACUCUGUGACUAGCUAGUGUUAAAUUAGCAUAUAAGAGGAUUCUUAACAAGUUUGUAACUUAUAGAUUUUCAGUAGUUAUACAGUAGUUUAACAUUGUAAUAGAUGCAUGUUAAUUUUUUAGAUUUUUUAUCUAUAAAUUAGUAUGUACUUGAUUAAUUCUGAAAAUAAUAGUAAUAAUAAUAAUAAUAACAAUAAUAAUAAUAAUAAUAAUAAUAAUAAUAAUAAUAAUAUAAUAAUAAUAAUAAUAAUCAUUUAUUUAAGUUACACACCGCAUGAAAGUCUCAUGGCCACCCCAAAUUAAACUUUUUGUGUAGAGUUUCAGGUACAUAUGUAACAUGCAUUGAAAUACUAGAUAUAUCGACUGGUUUAAAGAAGGCUUUCAAUGUUGAGCUUCCAAUGUCGAGUUUUCAGUGGUAAAAGUAGUUUCGAAAACGUGCAAUUAUGAUAAAUUAGAUAGAAAAUACAUUAUAUGCACUGUUAUUUUUGCGAAAAAUUUAAUUUUAGCAUUUGAAACGGGAAGUGGCUGCUUUUCUUUCUUCACGUGAAACGUUAGUUAUAUACUUAUUACCAUAUUGUAUACAUAAUUUAGCAUGACAACAAUAACUUAGCCAAGGCCAAAUAAUAUAAUAUAUAGUUAAAGCCCACGGGGCAUUCCAUGUACUUUUUACAUAUAAUGACUAACGAAAACAAGAACAAAAUAAAAUAAAUUUCAACAAUUUAAAGUAUCGUAGCAAAUAGUAGUAGCAAAUAGCAUUUUAAUUAUUUCAAAAACAUUGGGUAAGAAAUUAAUUGGUAAAAAACUUUCCAUGUACUGUAUCUCUUACUCCCUAAAUUUGGCCUGCUACUAACUUUAUUAUUAAGAGCAUUAAUUUAACUAUAACAAAGUUGUGAACUAUAAACUGCAAAUAUUGAUCAGUUUAUAUCUUGUCAUUACGGUGCAAUAUUUACUGGUAAAACGUUUCAUGUGUCUCUUAUGACUUUAACUAGCCCUAAAUAGAGCCCGCUAACUACUUCACUUGUAAGUGAAGAGUCAGCAAGUAUAACAGCGUCUGUUCUCAAAUUCGUCCACCAAAACCUGCUAAAAAAUUGCUACAAAAACUUUGCGAGUCGCGCUAUUUUCCACGAGUUGCGCCAUGUUUUACGAGUCGCGCCAUUUUUAUAAGUUGCGCCAUUUAGUCACGCGUCGCGCUAUUUAAGCUGGUUUUCCUCUUGCGAAUUUUUUCUCGCAAAGCGUGUUUUUUCGUGCGAAAAUUGUUGCGCGAAAGGUGGUUUGAUUUCCACGAGAGAUCGAAAAAUAGAGAAACGAGAAAAUCGCGCCAAAUAUCAUAUUCAAAACAAAAUGGCGGCAUUGAAUCGUAGAAGACUUUUGUUGAUAUGAAAUAACCUAUUAAGGUUGUUGUUGUAUCAAUUACGGAUUAGAUACUCUAGUACCAUUGAAGGCUGUGAAGAUUUAUCAAAAUUUUCAACCCUGGAUGAACUGCAACUUGAAACGUUUGAUUAAAAGGAGCCUUUGGCAAAACUAACAUACAUAUAGGUUGUACGUUGGGGAGCCAAUGUACACUAUUAACAUAACUGAAUAUUCUUUCGCUAACGUUAAGUUGUGUAUGUCAACUAUUGAGUCAUCAUAACCCUAGUAUGGGUUCCCUAGCAUUAAAGCACCAGUAUGUUUUUCGGACUCAUGGAAUGAACAUCAAGACAAGCGCAUUAGCUCAAAAAGUGAUAUUUCUUUUUCCAAUUUUCAGGUGGUAUAUUAUCUACUUCUCUACUUUUCGAUAUGAACAUUGGCAUCCACCAACAAAGGUAAAAGAUAUAGACCAUCUAAAAACUUUCAAUUAUAUAAUUAACCCCCAAGCUCCUUAAUUAACAGAUAGAGGUUGCAAACUAUGCAGUCAAAUAGUUUUUAUAUAUGUUUGUUUCAGAUCGAUCAAGAAAAAAAGGGUUAUUAAUUAAAAAGGUAAUUUAAUGGCUUCCAAAAAGACCACAGCUAAAUACGAAAAGCGUUUACAAACUUGUAUUUCAAAUCGUGAUCCGUUGGGAAUAGCAAAGUACAGCAAUAAAUUGGGUGAUUCGUACGCUACUUUAGGAGAGAAUAAAAUGGCCAUUCAGAAUUAUGAGAAAAGUUUACAAAUUUACACCGAAAUUGGACAUUGGUCAGAAAUGUUAGAAAGCAAUACAAAGUUAGGCAAUACAUAUUUUAAUCUGGAACAAUACGAGGAAGCUAUAACAUAUUACAAAACGAGUUUAGAAAUAAGCACUAGAAUUGGUGCUGGGCUAGAAGUAGCAAAUACCAAUUUCAGAUUGGGCGGUGCAUAUAGAUGCAAAGGAAGUUAUAAAGAAGCUAUUACCCAUGGCGAAAAAGGUUUAGAAAUAAGCACCGCGAUUGGCGAUCUGCCAGGAAUAGCAAGUAGCAAUUGCAGUUUGGGCAAUACCUAUCAAUGUUUAGGAGAAUAUCAGAAGGCUAUUGAUUAUUACAAAAUAGGUUUAGAAAUAAGCACUGCUAUUGGCGAUCGGUCAGGAAUAGCAAGUAAUAAUGGCAAUCUGGGCAAUGCCUAUCUCGAUUUAGCAGAAUACCAGAACGCCAUUAACUAUUACAGAAAAGCUUUAGAAAUAAGCACUGCGAUUGGCGAUCGGUCAGAAAUAGCAAGUAACAAUAGCCAUUUGGGCAAUGCCUAUCGACAUUUAGGAAAAUAUGAGAAGGCCAUCGAGUAUUCCAAAAAAGGUUUAGAAAUAAGCACUCAAAUUGGCAAUCGGUCAGGAAUAGCAACUAGCUAUGGAAAUUUGGGCAAUGCCUAUCUCUGUUUAGAAGAAUAUCAGAACGCCAUUGAUUAUUACAAAAAAAGUUUAGAAAUAAGCAGCGCAAUUGGCGAUCGAUCAAGAAUAGCAACUAGCAAUGGAAAUUUGGGCAAUGCCUAUCUCAGUCUAGGAGAAUAUCACAAGGCCAUUGAAUAUUGCAAAAAAGGUUUAGAAAUAAGCACUGCAAUUGGCAAUCUGUCAGGAAUUGCAACUAUCAAUGGAAAUUUGGGCAAUGCCUAUCUUAGUUUAGGAGAAUAUCAGAAGGCCAUUGACUGUUGCAAAACAGCUUUGGAAAUAAGCACCGCUGUUGGCGAUCGGUCAGGAAUAGCAAGUAACAAUGCUAAUUUGGGCACUGCGUAUCGAUGUUUAAGAGAAUAUCAGAAGGCCAUUGACCAUUACAAAAAAAGUUUAGAAAAAAGCACUGCGAUUGACGAUCGGUCAGGAAUAGCAAGUAACAAUGGCAAUUUGGGCAAAGCCUAUCAAUGUUUAGGAGAAUAUCAGAAAGCCAUUGACUAUUACAAAAAAGGUUUAGAAGUAAGCACUGCUAUUGGCGAUCGGUCAGGAAUAGCAACUAACAAUGGAAAUUUGGGCAAUGCCUAUCUCAGUCUAGGAGAAUACCAGAAGGCCAUUGAUUAUUGCAAAAAAGGUUUAGAAAUAAGCACUGCAAUUGGCGAUCAGUCAGGAAUAGCAAAAAUCAAUGGCUAUUUGGGCAAUGCCUAUCUCAGUUUAGGAGAAUAUCAGAAGGCCAUUGAUUAUUGCAAAAAAGGUUUAGAAAUAAGCACUGCUAUUGGCGAUCGGUCAGCAAUAGCAAGUAUAUGUGGCAAUUUGGGCAAUGCCUAUUUCAUUUUAGGAGAAUAUCAAAAGGCCAUUGACCAUUACAAAAAAGAUUUAGAAAUAAGCAUGGCUAUUGGCGAUCGGUCAGGAAUAGCAAGUAACAAUGGAAAUUUGGGCAAUGCCUAUUUCAGUCUAAGAGAAUAUCAGAAGGCCAUUGACUAUUACAAAAAAGGUUUAGAAAUAAGUACUGCAAUUGGCGAUCGGUCAGGAAUGGCAAAAAACAAUGGCUAUUUGGGCAAUGCCUAUCUCAGUUUAGGAGAAUAUAAAAAGGCCAUUGAUUAUUUCUUAAAAGGUUUAGAAAUAAGCACUGGUAUUGGCGAUCGGUCACGAAUGGCAAGUAACUAUAGCAAUUUAGGCAAUGCUUAUCAAUGUUUAGGAGAAUAUCAGAAGGCCAUUGACUAUUCCAAAAAAGGGCUAGAAAUAAGCACUGCUAUUGGCGAACGGUUGGGAAUAGCAAAUAACAUUGGCACUUUAGGCAAUGCUUAUCAUAGUUUAGGAAAAUAUGAGAAGGCCAUUGACUGUUACAAAAAAGGUUUGGAAGUAAGCACUGCUAUUGGCGAUCGACCAGUAAUAGCAAGUUACAACUGCAUGUUGGGCAAUACCUAUCAAUGUUCUGGGGAAUAUCACAAGGCUAUUGACUGUUACAAAAAAAGUUUAGAUAUAAGCUCUGCUGUUGGCGAUCGGUCAGGAAUAGCAAGUAACAAUGGCUAUUUGGGCAAUGCCUAUCUCAGUUUAGGCGAAUAUCAGAAGGCUAUUGACUGUUACAAAAAAAGUUUAGAUAUAAGCACUGCUAUUGGCGAUCAGUCAGGACUAGCAAGUAACAAUGCCAGUUUGGGCAAUGCCUAUCAAUGUUUAGGAAAAUAUCAGAACGCUAUUGACUAUUACAAAAAAAGUUUAGAAAUAGCCACUGCUAUUGGCGAUCAGUCAGGAAUAGCAAGUAACAAUGGCAAUAUGGGCAAAGCCUAUAUUAGUUUAGGAGAACAUCAGAAGGCCAUUGACUGUUGCAAAACAGGUUUAGAAAUAAGCACUGCUAUUGGCGAUCGGUCUGGAAUAGCAAGUGACAACUGCAAUUUGGGCAAUGCAUAUCAAUAUUUAGGAGAAUAUCAGAAAGCCAUUUACUAUUACGACAAAAGUUUAGAAAUAAGCACUGCUAUUGGCGAUCGGGCAGGAAUAGCAAUUAACAAUGGCAAUCUGGGCAAUGCCUAUCGCAGUUUAGGAGAAUAUGAGAAGACCAUUCACUAUUCCAAAAAAGGUUUAGAAGUAAGCACUGCCAUUGGCGAUCUGUCAGGAAUAGCAAGUAACAGUGGCAAUUUGGGCAAUGCCUAUCUCUGUUUAGGAGAGUUUCAGAAGGCCAUUGAUCUUUACAAAAAAUCUUUAGAAAUAAACACUUCUAUUGGCGAUCGGUCAGGAAUAGCAAAGAACAAUGGCAAUUUAGGCAAUGCUUAUCACAGUUUAGGAGAAUAUCAGAAGGCCGUUAACUAUUUCAAAAAAAGCUUGGAAAUAAGCACUGCUAUUGUUGAUCGGUCAGGAAUAGCAAGUACCAAUGGAAAUUUGGGCAAUGUUUAUCUCAGUCUAGGAGAAUAUCAGAAGGCCAUUGACUAUUACAAAAAAGGUUUAGAAAUAAGCACUGCUAUUGGCGAACGGUCAGGAAUAGCAAAUAACAAUGGCAAUUUGGGCAAUGCCUAUCGAUAUUUAGGAGAAUAUCAGAAGGCCAUUGAGUAUUACAAAAAAGGUUUAGAAGUAAGCACUGCUAUUGGCGAUCAGUUAGGAAUAGCAACUACCAAUGGAAAUUUGGGCAAUGCCUAUCUCAGUCUAGGAGAAUAUCAGAGCGCCAUUGGCUAUUACAAAAAAGGUUUAGAAAUAAGCACUGCAAUUGGCGAUCAGUCAGGAAUGGCAAGUACCAAUGGAAAUUUGGGCAAUGCCUAUUUCAGUCUAGGAGAAUAUCAGAAGGCCAUUGAUUAUUGCACAAAAGGUUUAGAAAUAAGCACUGCAAUUGGCGAUAUGUCAGGAAUAGCAAGUAUCAGUGGAAAUUUGGGCAACGCCUAUCUUAGUUUAGGAGAAUAUCGAAAGGCUAUUGACUAUUACAAAAAAGGUUUAAAAAUAAGCACUGCUAUUGAUGAGCGGUCACAAAUAGGAAGUAACAAUGGCAAUUUAGGCAAUGCCUAUCGAUGUUUGGGAGAAUAUCAGAAGGCCAUUGACUAUUCCAAAAAAGGUUUAGAAAUUAGCACUGCUAUUGGCGAUCGGUCAGGAAUAGCAAGCAACAAUGGCAAUUUGGGCAACGCCUUUCUUAGUUUAGGAGAUUAUCGAAAGGCUAUUGACUAUUACAAAAGUGGUUUAGAAAUAAGCACUGCUAUUCACGAUUUGUCAGGAAUAGCAAGAUACAAUGGAAAUUUGGGCAAUGCCUGCCGUUGUUUAGGAGAAUAUCAGAAGGCCAUUGACUAUUACAAUAAAUGUUUAGAAAUAAGCACAGCUAUUGGCGAACGGUUGGGAAUGGCAAGUAACAAUAGCAAUUUGGGAACUGCCUAUCUCAGUUUGGGAGAAUACGAGAAAGCUAUUAACUGUUUCAAAAAAGGUUUAGAAAUAAGCACUGCUAUUGGCGAUCAGUCAGGAAUAGCAAGUGACAAUUGCAAUUUGGGCAAUGCCUAUCGAUGUUUAGGAAAAUAUCAAAAAGCCAUUGACCAUUACAAAAAAGGCUUAGAAAUAAGCACUGCUAUUGGCGAUCGGUCAGGAAUAGCAAGUAACAAUGGCAACUUGGGCAUUGCCUAUCUCAGUUUAGGAGAAUAUCGAAAGGCUAUUGACUAUUACAAAAGUGGUUUAGAAAUAAGCACUGCUAUUGGCGAUCGGUCAGGAAUAGCACGUAAUAACAGCAAUUUAGGCAACGCCUAUCUCAGGUUAGGAGAGUAUGAGAAGGCCAUUGACUAUUUCAAAAAAGGUUUAGAAAUAAGCACUGCUAUUGGCGAUCGGUCAGCAAUAACAAGUAACAAUGGCAGUUUAGGCAAUGCCUAUCUCAGUUUCGGAGAAUAUCAGAAGGCUAUUGAAUAUUACGAUAAGGGUUUGGAAAUAAGCAUUGCUAUUGGCGAUCGAUCAGGAAUAGCUAGUAACAAUGGCAAUUUGGGGAAUGCUUAUGUUGGCUUCGGAGAAUAUCAGAAGGCCAUUAACUAUUACAAAAAUGGUUUGGAAGAAAGCACUGCUAUUGGCGAUCGGUCAGGAAUAGCAAGUAACAACAGCAAUUUAGCCAAUGCCUAUCUCAGAUUAGGAGAAUAUCAGAAAGCCAUCGACUAUUACAAAAAUGGUUUAGAAAUAAGCACUGCUGUUGGCGAUCGGUCAGCAAUAGCAAGUAACAUCAGCAAUUUGGGAAAUGCUUAUCUCAAGUUAGAAGAAUAUCAGCAAGCUAUUGACUAUUAUGAAAAAGGUUUAGAAAAAAGCAUUGCUAUUGGAGAUCGGUCAGGAAUAGCAAGUAACAAUGGGAAUUUAGGCAAUGGCUAUCUUGGUUUAGCAGAAUAUGACAAGGCAAUUGACUACUACAAAAAAGGUUUAGAAAUAAGCACUGCUAUUGGCGAUCAAUCAGGAAUAGCAACCCACAAUGGGAAUUUGGGCAAUGCCUAUUUCGGUUUAGCAGAAUAUCAGAAGGCAAUUAACCAUUACGAAAAAGGUUUAGAAAUAAGCACUGGUAUCAGCGAUCGUUCAGCAAAAGCAAGUAACCUUAGCUAUUUAGGAAAUGCACACCGAUGUCUUGGAGAAUAUGAAGUUGCAACAUUAGAUUUAGUGAAGUCAAUUAAAUCCUUCGAUAAAAUCUUUUUAGAUUUGGUUCCGGAUGAAAAUAAGCUAUCGUUCACGAAGCUAUAUUUUUAUGCUCAUAUUGUUUUAAUGAGUUGUUUUCUUUCAUUGGAACGUAAUGAAUCCGCAUUAUUGGUCAUUGACCUUGGAAGGGCUAAAGAGCUUCAUUGCUGCGUUGAAAAACAGAAGAAUUUGAUGAACAAGAAAAGGUUCCAUUAUGCCCGUGCGAUAUGGAGGAGUAUCAAGGUCAAAGAAGAGCGAAAAGAAAUUGAAGAAAUGCAAAAAAUUUUCCAUCUUGGGAAAAAUUAUGCCUCAAUUUUACUAUUUGCUUUCAAUUUGGAAGGUUCUCUUAAUGUUUGGGUUUUAAAUGAUAAAAUUAUCUUUAGAAAAUUUGAUGCAUGUUUGGAAACAUUGGAGUGUCUAAUUAUGGAACUUCUUCGUAGGGCAGAAGUUAGUGUUGAUCGGAAUUCUUCGUUUUGCAAGUCCGGCUCGGUUGUAGAUAUUGCUAAUCAAAAAAUUUUUCCAUUCAGAAAACCAAACGGAAAGCCACUCUCUAAAAAUGCGCUUAAAAAUAUUGCUUGGUAUAGUGACUUGAGUAAUCGAGAAAUAUUGGAAGUAUUGUUCAAACUUUUAGUUAAUCCCGUGAAAGAUUUCUUUAAAGGCAAUAAGCUCAUUGUUGUUCCUGACCCUCACUUGUUUUUUACACCAUUUUCAGCAUUAAUUGACGAAAAUGGCUCUUAUUUAUCGAACAGUUACAGCAUUCAAAUUACACCUUCAUUGCAUACCCUAAUGUGUACCAUGAAACAAUCCUGUAACUCAGAUUUUGGUUUUGCGUUGUUUGUUGGUAAUCCAACUGUUGGAAAAGUUUCUUUAAACGGAAAAGAUUUUGAACCGCGUGGUCUUCCUAGUGCCGCUGAAGAAGUGAAAUGUCUCUCAAAGCUUUUCCAAGCAACCCCUUUAUUAGGACCCGCUGCAAAAAAGAAUGUAGUAUUGCCGCUUCUAAAACGAGCUAGCAUAAUCCAUAUCGCAGCCCAUGGCGAACCAGAUCGAGGUGAAAUAAUGCUUGCGCCAACCUCUUCCGGGGUGCAACCAUGUUUGACUGUUCCCAAGCCAGAGUCAUAUCUUCUCACACAGCGGGAUAUUCUAAAUAUGUCUGUGAAAGCUCGCUUGGUAGUUUUAUGCUGUUGCCAUACUGGGCAAGGUGAAAUAACUACGGAAGGUGUCAUAGGUAUAACUCGAGCAUUUCUUGCAGCUGGAGCGCGCUGUGUUCUUGCCACUCUAUGGCCCAUCGACGAUAAUGCCACAAAGGAGUUUAUGGAAAAAUUCUAUAGCGAACUUUGCAAAGAAACAUCGGUUUGUGAAGCUUUAAGAAGAACAAUGAACCUGUUUCAGAAACACGAAAUAGAAGCUUACCAAUCCAGUAGAAUCUGGGGUCCAUUUACCGUCUAUGGAGAGGACGUGAAGUUCCAUAAGAAUGAGAUUGAGAAAGUCAGAGAAAAAUCUCGUGAGAUGUUUUCGGAUUUUGUAGUUCUUUAAUUUAAGAAUCCUUUUAAUUUUUAGCAUGCAUAAUCUGUACCUUUAAAAUGUCAUUUUUCUUUUUAGUUGUAUUCCAAGCGUAAGCUAGUAUAUCAUUACCAGAAAGUAGAAUGGACUACUGACUAAAAAUGCUCUUAUUAUAGCCUUUUUCUGCACUUUAAAUUGUUCCAAGCGAUUAAAAUUGACAAACAAUGUAUCGAAUUCCAUUUUGAAAUUAUAUUUGACUUUCUUCAAGAUAACGUUUGGUUUGAUUAGAGUGGUUAUCGGUUGUUGAUGGGUGGAAACGUUUUUAUCGCAAUCAUUCCACGUUUCUGCAAUUGUUAUUUUGGCGAAAAAUAGUAAAAGAAAUAUUAUUUUUUUAAAUUGCAUCGCCUGGGUUGUGUGCUUCAUGUUGGUUGAGAUGAGAUUCGGGGAAAACAAACACCGUGAAAUUGGAAAAGUUGUUGGUUCACGAAAAACAGUAAAAGAUGUAUAGUUAGCUUUAGAUUUUUAAAGUUGUGUUCUUGUUUGUGAAACAGGAGUUUUGUUGUGCUAAACUAACCAAGUUGCGGCAAUUGAUACUUUUAAAGAAAUGGGUGAAGAAACUGUUGUAACUGAGAAAGUGUUGUUAAAAAUUAUGUGUGAUUUGCGCAGGGCAAAAUCUAAUUUUGCGAUAGUUGCUUGCUUAUGUAGUUUGUGUAGUGUUUAUAUUAGAAGAAAUACGGUUAGCUUUGAGUCUGUACCUUGUUUAUUGUUGAAAGGAAAGUACGAACUUGUAAUGGUUGGGUAUCCAGGUUUCCGUAGCAGAAGCAGAAAUGUAAAAAAAAUGUAUAAAAAAGGUAAUCCAAAUUUGGCAUGUUAUUGUUACAUGACUUUUGGCUGUCAUUUGACACCUUUUUGUUUCACUGUGUUAAAAAAUGCCAAAUACGAUCCGAUUUAAAGUGCUUAGUCGAACUCCCACUUUUCCACCACUGCGAAUUUGAGCAAAUUUGAACAAAUGUUGCUCGCCUAUUUAUAGAAAAUAUUUUCCAUGACCAUGAAAACUUAAAAAAUACUUAAACCACCAAAUUUCAUUGUUAAACAGAGUUGAGAUUUAAUAGGAUUUGGUGAACAACUCACUCUUUAAGCCAUCUUGGUUCAAAUUUUUAAAUUUGAAUCUGAAAUGAUAAUAAUUUUAAUACUCAGACAAUAGCUCGACUAAUUCUACUUGGUUGCUUUCAAUCUCAUUGAUGCCAAAACUGUGUGAUUUAAUUUAUCAACUCAAGGCCUGAUUGAAAGUCAAUUAGUUUAUAUUGUAAUAUCUAGGGCGCGAUAACAUGUCAACUUAGCCUUGGGUUUGUGGCUUAGAGUUGUGGUCCAAAUUGCCAUAGUUGUAGCUUCAUGAAAACACAGUGGGAAGAAUAGAGUUUAGCUUUGUUUAACAAAUGUCGAAAGUUGAUCAUGUAAAAAACAUUUAAUCAAUGAUUGUCUAUGUAAGUGAAGCUCUUUGAUAGGCAUAAAAGGAUGAUGAUUGUUUAGUUAACCUAAAGUUCUGGUCAAUAUCUGGCUUGUGGUAAGUAUGCAUUAUUGUCACCCAUUCUGAUAUUAAAAUAGAUUCCACUGUUCAGGCCAGACAAUAACUUGUUUAUUAUUUCAAAUGAUUUGAUGUAUGUACAUGCAUGAGCAGUCACAUGCCCUAUCGAUUCAUUGGAAAAAAAAUGUUAUAUAAACAAUAACUCACAAUUUAUCGAUUAAGUUCUAUUUACUGUUCACCAAAAGCUUACGAUUACAUCUGUUGGCAAGUUUAAAUUCUUCCCUGUCUCCAAUAUUUCGCCACACAAGUCGGCCUAAAUUGACCGGAUUAAACAGUAGUUAUGAAAUACACAUUGAAAAAAUAUGCAGCCCUUUUAACAAUACUCUCUGUUUCCUUGAUACUCUUAUAGUUGUUAACUAUACACUGGAAAAAAUUUUGAAAAUCCAUAGAAGGUCAUAAAAUGGAAAUUGUAUGGAUCUUUAUUGGAAAUAGAAUCGAUUUUGGUUAUCCAUACAAUAGUUGCAUAUUUCCAUACUAUAGAUAUAGUAUGGGAAUAAUAUGGAUAUAUGCAUGGUGCAAUUGCAAAUUUCGUAGCAUGGAUUUCACAUUUUUUGUGAUAGUUUAUUGUAUGUCUGAUUUAUAUCUUAAUAUAAUUCUAAUAUAACAUUUUAGGUGUUUCUUAUUAUUCUAACUAACCAUAUACAUGUGUGUCUCAUUAUAUUUAACAAUUAUUCGCCGAAGGCGAAGUGAUUACCGGUGAAUAUUCACCGAGACGAAGUCGAGGUGAAUAUUUACCGUAAUCACUGAGCCUGAGGCGACUAAUUGUGUUAGUAUAAAUUUUUAAUGAAUAAAACAAAAUAUCCGAAUAUCAGUUUAAUUAAAUUUCAGAAAUAAAAUUGUUUUCCGCCUGUUCACUAACUAUAGUGUUGCAAUGUUUCUUGUACGCACACACUUUCAAAAUGGCUUCUUGUGUGACUUUAUUGCUUUAUUAUAAAGUUGUUUUUCUUGAUUUCUGCUUGGAAUAUGAACACAAUAACAGAAUGACUCUUUCACCAGACUUAGAAUUAAAAAUAGUUUCUGUUUAGCAUUAAUUUCUUCAGGAAAUGGCUGAGGAAUUUAGUAAAAUGAAAUGUAAAACUAUAUCGUUCGAAAAAGUUUUAAUAAUAAGCAAUUAUUGGAUGAGGCUGAGCAUGAUAUCAAGAAUUAUUCAGACCGAGGUCAAUGUUAUCUGCCGAAGCGAAGCUGAGGCGGAUAACAUAGACCAAGGUCUGAAUAAUUCUUGAUAUCAUGCGAAAGCCGAAUCCAAUAAUUGUUUUAUUAUACAUUUAAAGACAUGAGAAACAUAUAAAACGAUUCCUGUUCAUGAGGUAGGAAAAGUACAAUUUGAAUAUCAAACACCUUGCACAAAGUCAAAGGUCAGCUAAAUAUUCUAUUUCUACUUCUAUUUACCCCUUUGUGGCUUUUUUCGUGCUUUCACUAUCCUUAUCUGCCAAUAAUUUGGAGAGUUCACUUUCAUUCAGCGAAGCAAAUCUGCUGUAGGCCAUUGUUUUUUUUUCGCGCGCUUAUACGCUCAAGCUUUUGGCCGCGCAAGGGUUUGGGCACGAGAGAGUCCAAUAAUUGUUUUUUUGGAUGCAAGUUCGAUCCAAAAAAACAAUUAUUGGACGCUGAUGACGUCAUCGGCGGAAAAUACGUAAUAAAUGCCGAAUACUGAAAAUUAGCCGGUGCUUUCUGACCAAUUAGAAACGAGAAUACAUAUUAAAUGUAUAAUAACACUUUUUAUUUACAAGUUUCGAUACAGCGGUCAAAACACCUUACAGCACAAUGAAAACAUGACAUAUCAAAAGAAAUAGUAUCGUACAAAUUGGGAAAUUUAUAGGAUACAAAACAAAGUUUUUUUAAAAAGAAUAUCAUGGCUUUUUUCAACAGUCGUGAUAGUUUUUGCUAAUUAUUAAUGUUUCGGAGUUUUAAAUAAGUUUUAAAUUGUCCGUGAAUAUGUUUGACACAGUAAAAUAAUAAAGAAGUCCUACCUUUCAAGUUAAAUACAACAUUUUGUGCUUUUUUUCGUUUUCUAGGACAAUUUUUUCAAUAUUUUGUCGAUUUUGAAACCAAAUUUGCCGAAUCGUUCUUUUUGAAAAGCAUUAUUUACAAGUCUGGUAGUAAAUGAUGCCUCAGAUUUACUAGUCAACUAGCCAAUCAGAACGCGCGAAAGCUAAUUUGAAAUGCAAAAAUUAUACUAAGUGUGUUUAAUUAAUGUUGAUGAUAUAACAAUAACAUUUGAUGGUUGCCUAUGUUAAAACUCGGUUGAUAGAAACAACAUUGCAACAUGCCUGAUGCAAGUUUCUUUGAAUUAAAGAAGUAUUUUUAAUGCAAAUGGUUUACAUUCGUUAUUUUCUUUUGGAUCAAGCUAACGACCUGCCUCCUCCGCAGACCCUCGUUGUGUCAUGGGAAGGUCACGAUUUCGAGAGGGUAUGCGGAAUCUUGUAAAAUGAAUAAAUUUUGUUUUGAACCUGCUUCGUUAAAGAAAGCAGUUUUAUUCGUGCAACGCUGGUGUGGACAACAAACCUUAUCGUUAAAAAAUGCUUCCUUCCACGUCCUAAGAGUCGCCAGUUUAAUUUACAACUUUCACGCCGCUUUUUAUAUCCUGUUUAUAUUCAAGAUGAUGUAGAAAUUUACUUGCUGACGUGACGCCGGCGCCAUUUUUUUUACAAGAUUCCGCAGGCCCUUGCCAGAUCAUGACCUUCCCAAGACGCAACUAGGGCCUGCGGAGGAGGCAGGCUAACGACUUGGAAUUUCUACUAGAUCUAAUUCCUCGAAAAAAUUAAACCAAAAAUUUGUAAGAGUUCCAAAUUUGGUGUUAAAUUCCUUAUGUAUUUGAUUCAUACGUGCACAACUAUGAAAUUGCAUCCAAUAACUCAGGCUAACGACUUAGUAAACAUUUCGUAGACGUAUUGGCUUUUGUCUUAUAAUCCGGAAAUAAUGAGUGACGUAAUUGUUUUAUAUAUACAGGGUGUAUAAAAAAAAGCGCAAUCCUCGACUGAAAUGUAAAUUGCUAAACAAAUAAUAGACGAAAACGUUAAAGUUUACAUUCAUUUUAAAGCGUAGCCAUUCAGCUUUCUAACAGUGGGUUGUUUCUUAAAUUUGACUCAUUGGUUCGCGGGUAAUAAUACUUUACGUUGUUGCGAUUGGAGAUUAAAAAAAUUGAGAUGGAAUAACAAAUCGUUCUCAUGAAAAUAACUGAUUUUUUCAUUAAAACAAAAAAAUGUUGCAUUUUAAUCAAUGGAUUGUAACAAUAAGUAUAAUUACGGCUUUUCUUCCACUAUUUUUAACACAGUUUGAAACUUCAAAUGCGAUAUAAUUUUGGCUUGGACCAUCUAAGCUGACUGACAUCAGCUUGCUAUAAUUUCUGUUUACAUUACAUCGCAAUUCGAUGACACUCUGGCUCAGACACCAGAAUGUUUUGAUUCUAUGAUUUUUAGCAUUCGUUUAGGAUUUUCAAACAACCUGGUCUCUUUUAAAAUACUUUUAAUUUGUUCGUACGUGGUUUUCCAGAUGUAGUGACGACAACAUUAAAGUUUAAAGAAGAAAAUUCUAACAUUUAAACCGACUAAACAAUAACAUAGUAAACUUGCAUAAUUAAACAGCAACUAAAAAUGAUAGGUUUUACUAAAUCUUUUCCUGUGCAAUUAUUACUAGCAUUGGAGACAAGGGUAAUAGUUUGUUUGAAAGAGAAAAGAACAAGCUUUGAAGUAAGCCUAAAAGCGUUUAACUAGAAAUAGUAUUUCGAAAGUUAUUAAGCACAAAAGAUGAAUUGCGUUUAUUUUGAUACACCCUGUAUAUAUAUACCGCUUUUUCUUAGCCAAGUUUCCGUAACCUUUCUUAAAAUUGUUUUUAAAUUAUUAUUAUAUACACAAGGUCUGGAUAUCAGGUACUCUAAAGUCUGAUUGGUUGUCUACUGGCAGGAUAUUAGCUCAUAUCCUGCUAGUAAAGAAAAACAAAAUGGCGGCUCAAACUGAAUUUCAGACGUUUGCGAAAGAGAAAAAGGCAAGUUGUUCGCGUUUAUAACCUUUACAUAAUUAAAAACACAAUGAAAAACUCUUACAAGUUAGCAAAUAAAUUUUUAAAAUUUAAAAUGGUUAAAAACAUAUAUUUUUGAAAAAAUAAUCGGCCGAAACAUAGGGAGCCCAAGCGUUGAUCUGUGUUAGUGUUGUAUGUUUUUCAGUUUAUUUAUUUUAGUGUCUUUACAUUGCCUUUUAAUUGAAUUAUAACACUAAAUUACACUAAUAUGUUAUAUAAUAAUAAUACUCCUAUAGUCGAACAUAUAAUAACAACAUAUAAGUUGAUUUGUAUUUGUAUGUUUUUCAGUUUAUUUAUUUAAGAUCUAUUAUUAGCUUAUAUAGAAGCACCGCCUUGCGAACCUGACAGCCCAUUCGCAGGAUACGCGCGUUAUUUCGCACUGAAAUAAGAAGUGUGACAAGGGAUGAAAUUACAAUACGGCGAUGUUGUAUUUUGACGCCGUACGUGCUUGUUAAAACGAAUUUUAGCUUGAAAUUCGGCCACAUGAUAUGUCUAAGGCUAAAGUACAUAGCCGUUGAAAAAAAUUGUGAAAUAAAAGCCCUAGAGUCUUAUAAAUUGCUAUAGUGUUUAAUAGCGACGUUUCGUAGCAUUAACGCCCCGACUUGACUGGACCUAAAUUAUUUAAUUUUAAAUUUUAAACAUUGAAAUCGUUACGAUCGACACAAAUUGGCUUCUCACCUCGAUUUGUAUUCGAGUUUGUUUCCUUGUUUAUAUCAUUGAUUCCCAAAGGUUGACGGCGUUAUUCGACACGACACUCAUUGCAUAAUUAUUGGUCCACUCCAGUCGGGGCGUUCAUAAUACGACAAACUUUAAGAGUUUCAUCCCUUGUCACGUAUUUAUAUUGUUGCCGCCCCCUAUUUCAAAUCCCGCGCGUAUCCUGCGAACGGGCUGUCAGGUUCGAAAGGCGGUGCUUUUAUAUAAGCUAAUAAUAGAUUUUAAACAAAUAAACUGAAAAACAUACAAAUACAAAUCAAUUUAUAUGUUGUUAUUAUAUGUCCGACUAUAGGAGUAUUAUUAUUAAAUGACAUAUUAGUGUAAUUUAGUGUUAUAAUCCAAUUAAAAGGCAAUUUUAAGACACUAAAAUAAAUAAACUGAAAAACAUACAACACUAACACAGAUCAACGCUUGGGCUUCCUAUGGCCGAAAGAGCGAAUAUAAAAACAUAAUAUACACCUUGUGUAUACAGGGUGUCCCAAAUGGAUGUCCCCUAUCAUAUUUUGUGGUACAACAUCAUUACGUACCUGUAAUCGAAUAUACAUUUUUUUUAUGAAUGGACAUAUUAGUUAACAUAUUGCAUUUUUUCGCACCAAAAUAUUUAACCGUUUGCCUUACGACACCAAUAUUGCCACUUGUCCAAAUUGUGGAUGUUAGGUUGAAACAUGUUACGGAACGUAAUAAAAUAUUUUAAUGGUAAAUGGCUACAUAUCUUUUCUAAAACUAGUAAUUAGUUGUAGCCAAAAUUGCGAAUAAAUUUUCUGUAAAAAUAAUGAAGCAAUCCCCAGAAAAGGGGAAAGACUAGUGCUGAAAUUCCAACAUUUGCCCUUUCAUGGAACAAAUUGAACGGAAAACAGCAAAUUUAAGGCAUUUUUCCGACCUUGGCUUUGCCUCUGUCAAUUUGCCAGGGAUUUUUCAUCUUUUUUUAAUAAUUUCUACAAGAAACAAAAGUUUAAUAAUAGAAAUAAAAACAUUUUGUUUUUGAGCAGAAAGGUGGGUAGAAACUUUAGAAAUCCUUCUACAAAGUUUGCAUUAUUUUUAACCUAAUUUCUGUAAUUUUGACGGGUUGCAAAAUUGGUGUUGCCACCUUAAUUAUCUCUAGAAGCCAAACGGUUAAGUCUUUUGGUGAGAUAAAUACUACGAUUAAUAUAAUAUGAUUGUUUUUCAACUCACUGCAAAAAAUUGAACCUUUGAUUAAAUAUAGCGAACUAUAAUUUGUUGUCUUAAAAUGUUCGUUUUAAUGUUUCCAUUUUUUGCGAGAAAUUGAAACAUUUUAAGAUAACAAAUUAAUUCGCUCUGCUAAAUAUUUGUAGUAUUGAGCACUCUAUUAUCUAUAACGAAAAACAAGACUGCCUGAGUUUACAGACAAUCUUCGGACAACUAAAGUUCUGUUGUCAACAAGUGUGACACAGAACAGUAUUGAGUUCUGCAUGUAUUUGUAAAAUAUAAAAUUGAACUGUAAGCAACAUUCUGCAACGUGAACAAGCAUUGAUGAGAGCAAAAAGUAUAUGGAGCCAGCGAUAUAGCAAGAACAGAACAUCUGUAAAUACUUUCACCGAAUCACUGUCUACAUGUAACACAAUCUUGAAUUAAAAACAGGGGGCAUUUGAACUUUUGGUGGUGAAAGCAUAUUUUUCCACCUUACAAUACUGUUGAGGAUCUUGCCUUGUAUUUGUGGAAAAUGACGUCAAAAUUCAACCACGAUUAAUUUCGCAACGUAGUGGAACACUGAUGAAAGCAAACAUUAUGAAUACUAUGAAUAGAGUGCCUACUUUUUCUCCUGCCUUAACAUGGAGGCGACAAAAAAUACGUAUUCGUUAUUCGUACAUAUGUAUCUGAGUGGACAAAGAUAUGAGGAAAAUGGAUUAAUGGCUAAUAUACUAGCUAUAAAGGUUAACACUUUCAGAUGACUGUCGCCAACGGAGUAUAAGCUAUCUAUCUGGUGUUUCAAAAAUCUUUACGUUCUUGUCGAGGGAACGAUUAAAUGUGAGUAACUGCUGUAUUCGUUGGAGAAAUAUAAACUGCCACAAGGAUCAAGUCUUGGUUCCUGAUUUACAAGUUCAACACACCAAAAGCAAAUCUUUACUUCCUGGAAAGAAUCAUAAGUUUAUAACGGCGUAA